CUCCAAAAGAAGUUGGAGUUUUACUAAAAGCUUUAGGAUAUGCACCAAACACUCCUAUAUAUAUAGCUGCUGGUGAGAUUUACGGUGGUGAGUCUCGGUUAGCCAGUCUUGGCUCUCGUUUCUCCAUGUUAAUGAGUAAGGAAAAGUUGGCAACAAAAGAAGAGCUUAAGCCUUUUAUGAACCACUCAACUCAAAUGGCUGCACUUGACUACAUUGUUUCCGUCGAAAGCGAUGUUUUUAUUCCAUCCUAUAGUGGAAACAUGGCGAGAGCUGUUGAAGGGCAUCGCCGGUAUCUUGGUCACCGGAAAACAAUAACUCCGGACAGGAAAGCCAUUGUGAGGUUGAUAGACAGAAUUGGUAGAGGAGCUGAGAACGAUAACAGGAAAGUCUAUGAAAGAAUCAUAGAUAUCCACAAAACUCGACAAGGAUCACCGAGGAGGAGGAAAGGACCUGCUUCAGGAACAAAGGGUUUGGAGAGACAUCGUUCUGAGGAGUCUUUCUACGAAAAUCCAUUACCGGACUGUCUCUGUCAGAGAGACCCAAGUAGAGGGAGAUGAUGGUUACAUGAGAUAUGGAUUUAACAGAGGCUUGUUGGAUCUGCUACUGCUUCUUGGCAUUCACACGACAAAGUUAAUUAUAGUUAUAAACGUACAGCAUUUUAUAGUGAAAACCACCACUUCUGAUGGAUGAAUCAAAUGAAAUCACACAGUUGUGGUGAACGAAUGAUAUACCAUUUUCUUAUAUUUUGAACUAUCAUUCACCAUCCAUAAAAUGUCUAUAGUUUAUCCAUGGAAAAUAACAUUAUCUUCAAACCAUGAAUUGAACAAUAAGAUGUAAAUAAAUUUUUUAGAUUUUAAGUGUUAGAUUCUCACAUUUUAUGUUGAGGAACCUGAUAGGUUCCACUUCGUAGGAAGAACAGAGCAAUGAGGAGGAUAGAAGCUUGAGGGAGAAGAAACAUAUGAGUCAAGGAUGGUCAACGUGGAUAGCAAAGACUCUGAGUGGAAUAGAGUCUUUGCUCAAGACUUCUUCAUGUCAUAUAAAUAACGUGGCUUCUUCGUGCUAGUUUCUUAUGCUGUAUAUUGUAGAGAGUGUAGACGCCAUGAGUCUCCUUUCAUCACGAUCGCCAUGAGAUCGUGAUUGAAUCAUCAGGCACGGAUCGCCAUGAGAUCAUGACCUGAGAUUCACUUUAUCAGCUUAUCCUUUUAUCCUUUUCGUUUGUAAACGUUGGUUUGGGUUUCAAUAAGAUCGAGAGUUUCUUUACUUAUUCGAGAUUGAUUGUGUGAUACGAGAGUUCCGAGUUACAAACUUAUCAAAUUGGUGCGUUCGUGAGCUAGAUCGAAUCAAACGCCAUGAGUUUCGUGGAGAUUCCUAUUUUCGAAGGUUUCGCGUUACGUCAAUGGAUCGAUUGGAUGGAAAAGAGGUUUGCACAGGUGAGGCUAUCAGAAUCGCAGAAGGUGAGUUUGGGGAAGACCUUAAUCUCCGGAGAUGCGAAAACGUAUAUCCAGCACUGGCGAUUGCCUUUCCACAGCUGGUACUCGUUGAAGGUUGCCUUGUUGUUCAAGUUUGGGGAUGAUGACGAUCCAGAGAAGCUUCGAUUGAUAGAGGAUAAUACACGAUUCGUAGAGCGUUGUUGUAAGAUCAGAGCACAACAAGAUGUUGCAGAAGAGUUUUUGAAGACGAAGCUUUCUCAUGUAGCGGAUCAUCAUUUAUCAUCAAUUGGGAAGUGUCUGGGUACUUAUGAGACCAGAUUCGAUUCAGUGGAUCAGCGUUUUGAUCAGCUUACCCAGAUCGCCACGACGGGAACAACAAUUGCUACGACUUCCAUUGAUCCGAUUCAGGUAUCUCAUCCUUCUAUGGAAUCUGAUCUUCCUCACUAUGAACGUAGCAAUAGUUUCGUCACGAAGAUUGCUAUGCCGCGCUUCAAUGGAUCUAGUCCAUUUGGCUGGCUCUUGAGACUAGAGAAAUAUUUUCAGAGUUGUCACGUUGUCGAGGAUGAGAGAUUAGGAAGGUUGUCUGAGUGCCUUGAAGGAGAAGCAUUCUUUUGGUACAAGAAGGAACUUUACUUUGGUGGAUUCAGAACCUGGUGUGAGUUUAAGCGCAGGCUGGUGGCUCGUUUUUCUCCGGUAAAAAGAUGUUCUCGACAAGCAGCAACACGGACGACGGAAGUGAUUUCGCAGACUGUAGUUGAACCAAAUAAAUCAUUGGAGACAGUGAGAACUCCAGAGGUUCUUGAGAUGCCUCUAGUGAAAACUUGUUCUUCACCAACAGUGUUUCUGAACCACAUAUCAACUCUAGAGACUGUUCCUACGGAAAGCUUAACUGGUGCAACAGAGUUUCUUCAUGAGAGAGAGACAGUUCCAGUGAUUGAUCGUGCAGAAGAAUUGGUGUCUCUGGUAUCUACAGUGGAAGACUUGAUUCAAGAAGAGGAUUCACAAGAAGCACAAGAUUCUGAUAUGAGAAAUGAAGUUGUUCGUGAGGCAGAGUCUAUCAAUCAACCUCUGACUGACGCAGAGCUAGAAUCAAGUCCUGUAAAGAAACCAGUGGAGACAAAGAAGAUUCCAGCAGGAGACUCAAUUCAGAAUCUGGUGAUUGAAGUUGACCACGAGGACAUGCCAAUGUUACAACCUCUGGUAUCAAAAUCUGUUCUCGAAUCUGGCCAUAGAGAAAAAUUGUUGGAGUAUUUGGAAACAGAUACUGUGUUUGAGGUUCAGAAGCAAGACGUUAGUCCAUUCAUUGUUCUAAUACCAUCGGAAGAGGAUGCGUUUUAUGCGCAAACAACAUGUGUGGGCUCCACUCUAAACGCCUACAAUGUGUUCGCUCAAAUGUUUGUUCUGAGAGAUGUAUUACAACAAGCCAUAAACCAGCAGAAGAAAUCCAAAUCUUGGAAGUUCAAAUUCAAACCAAAGGUGCCAUUUGGUGCAGACUUUACACGGCCUGGAAGAGGGCAACCAGUAGCAGAAAAAGGACAUGAUACUGGAGCUCCGGUAGUCUGUAAGAAUUUGGAUAUGGAGAGUAAUGUCUACUUUCCAGUGGGUGGUGCAGGUACUUGGAGUGACGGAAAGCUCAUGACUCAAAUAGAGAAGAACAGUGGCACUACUUUCAAGAUCAAGCUGACAAUUGGGAAUACGCAGAGGCUUAGGAAUUCACAAAAUGAGAAUGUGCUUCAUGACAACCCUGUUGCUUUGUUAAAGAUUAAAUCAGGUCUUGAGAGUGCUCCACUGGAAGCUUGGUUACGUUCUUCACCAGAAGCGCGGCUUACAUAUAAAUCACUGCCAAAAUGUCUUCAAGUUGAUGAAUUACGUACAAAGACGGAUUUGCUGCAGACAAAUGAACCAGGGAUUCUGUUUCAGGCACAGUCUGGAUUGGUUUUGAGUGGUUUCUACUCUGAUUUUCACAGUGGUGCUCGGAGUCCUCAGAUGAAAUUCUUUAAAUCUUGGAUGUUUAAAUACAACCCUGAGCAAUAUGAACUCACGUUCUUGUCCAGUACAAACGCGAGGGAGCUGAUUGAACUAGGGAAAGAGAAGAUAUUGUUCAGUGUUAUGGGUUCUUUUGUCUGGGAUAUCAAUGUCGGGCCUACUGUAGUUUUCUGGUUUAGACUGAUGAGGAAGAAGAAUCAUGCAAGUUGGUUGCAUGGGAAACUUUGUUCUAACAGAUUUAUGGAGCUUAACCCAUUCAUGGAGCAGAAACAUGACAAGCAAUCUAAAGCUGGUUAUAACUUCAUGAAAAUGCAGUAUGUCAUGGAUAUGAUGGAGUUACUUGCUUUUGUGCGUCUUGAUAUGGAGGAUACCAAACCUGUUCAAAUUAGAGGUCACAAAAUCUUUGGCAUUUGGCAUCGUUGGAGAAGCAGGGACUGCGUCCAUGGUGUUUUUGGAAUGGUUAUAACAUGGGAAAUGUACUUAAGGAGCUUUCAAAGUGGAGAAAGGCUGCAACCAUCUUUCCUGAGGAUGGUGAACGUAUGGGAGUAUUGGAGAAGUUCAGCUGGUGGUAAUGUGCUUCAUUCCAAGUGCCGCCACAAACACCUUCUAUGUUUUCAGCUUGAGGACAAGCUGCAUCUGAAAGGGCGGGGUAUUGAUAGGUUCCACUUCGUAGGAAGAACAGAGCAAUGAGGAGGAUAGAAGCUUGAGGGAGAAGAAACAUAUGAGUCAAGGAUGGUCAACGUGGAUAGCAAAGACUCUGAGUGGAAUAGAGUCUUUGCUCAAGACUUCUUCAUGUCAUAUAAAUAACGUGGCUUCUUCGUGCUAGUUUCUUAUGCUGUAUAUUGUAGAGAGUGUAGACGCCAUGAGUCUCCUUUCAUCACGAUCGCCAUGAGAUCGUGAUUGAAUCAUCAGGCACGGAUCGCCAUGAGAUCAUGACCUGAGAUUCACUUUAUCAGCUUAUCCUUUUAUCCUUUUCGUUUGUAAACGUUGGUUUGGGUUUCAAUAAGAUCGAGAGUUUCUUUACUUA